AGACGCCUCGACUAUAAGACACACCCACCUCCCACCUCUUUCCCACGCUCAUCGUCGCAACAUACCCCCCCCCACCGCAUUCCCACCCCCAACAACAACGACCAUGUUUCCUUCAACCCACUCCCUCUCGUCGCGCCCCAGUACGCGCGGCCCGCGCCCGUCCUCCUUCUUCUCCCUGCUGAUCCUCCUGCUCUCCCUCAGCGCCAUCGUGACCGUGAACGCAGGUGGGGCUGCAAAACCCACCACCACAAAGACUACUCCUACUAGUACUAAGGCGGCUACGACUACUGCGACGCCGACGACGACUGCGAAGCCGCCCACUGCUACGGAUGCCAGCACCUUCACCGCCCGCCAAGUCAUCCUCAUCCUCACCACCACCGGCGGCGACGUCGACUACCAAACAAAAGGCCUCGACGGCUACGGGAUCCCUUACGAGGUCGCUGUGGUUCCGCCCACGGGAUACCCUAAUGCGAGUGCGCUGCCAAUUGCGUUUGAGGAUGCUGCCGGGAAUGCGAGAUAUUCGGUGGUGAUGAUCAGUCCGGGCCAGUUGCCGAUUCAGGUUGGGGGGGUUUGGCAGAGUGCGUUGACGACGGUGCAGUGGGGGUUGAUUGAGGCCUACGAAGCAAAACACAAGAUCCGCCGCGUAACCUUCGACGACAGUCCCAGCCCCUCGCACGGCACCGCGGCCGCCAACCCCGCCGCAAUGGGCUGUUGCAACACGGGCGUCACCCAACCCAUCCAACUCGCCCUCAACGCAGAGCUCCUCAAAUCCGGCGUCGUGAACGGCGCGCAGGUUCCCAGCACGGGAUUGUGGCAUUACCCGUCGGUGAUUACGAAUGCGACCAGCACGACGGCGUUUGCGAAUUUGGGGCCGAGUAGUGAUGGCGCGUUCAAGACGACGACCGGUGUGGGGUUCAUUGUGAAGUAUCCGAAUGGACGGGAGGCGAUGGUGCAUUACAUGGGUUGCGGCUGGUGGUCCCCCACCUGCAACCUCCUAACCCACGUCUGGGUCUCCUGGGCCACGCGCCAGCUCUACGACGGCUUCCGCCGCAUCCAGAUCUCGCUCCAAAUCGAUGACGUCUUCCUCCCCACCGACACCAACGCCACCUACGCCUACCGCCUCAACCCAACCGACCUCGCCAACAUCCUCACCUGGCAAACCGCGUUCAACAAACGCAUGCCCCCCGGAUCAAACAUCACCCUCUCCCUCGCGUACAACGGGUGGGGAGUCGUCACAAAGGCCGACCCCAACCUCGACCCGCUUGUGACGGAUAUCGAGCGCAUUGAUAAUUUCAUCAAACCGCCCGGGACAGGGACGAACAUGUGGCCGCCCGCGAGCAAGCUGCCGGCGUUGAGGGCGUUCACGAAGGCGACGCUGAAGAAGGACACGUUGUUCAAUUAUGUGGAUAUCACGCCCGCGGUGCAGACCGGGUUUUAUUGGUUGAGUCAUACUUAUACGCAUUUACAGCUGGAUAACGCUACACGGUACGACAUCGACAAUGAACUCCAAUUCAACAUCCACUUUGCCACCAUCGCCGGCAUCGCCUCCUACCCGACCUACACCUCCCGCUCCCUGAUCCCCCCCGCCAUCACGGGCCUCCACAACGCCGACGUCCUCGCCUCCUUCAAAGCCAACGGCAUCGACUUUGUCACCGGCGACGACACCCGCGACGACGUCACCAACCGCACCCACCCACUCCACCCGUGGAUCUCCUCCCUCGCGUCCUCCAACUACGCCGGAUACACCGUCAUACCCCGCCAGGCCACCGUGAUCUACUACAACUGCUCACAGCCGGGCGAGAACAUGAUAUUGUACAAUAAUAUGUAUGCGGCUGUCCAGGGCACGAAGGAUUUUGCCUACCUGAUGAACUACGAGAUCGAUCGGGUUACGCAGAUUUUGUUGAAUUUGAGGCAGGAUGGGUUCAUGUUUCAUCAGGCGAAUCUGAGGAACGCCGACCAGCCCCUGGUGACGAUCGCCGCGACGGGCGUGCAGGGCAAAUUCGGCCUGUUGCAGAUCUGGUCCGAGAACGUGCUUGGCCGUCUCGCGCAACUCGUUAGAUGGCCUCUCGUCACGAAGGAUAUCACAUCCCACUCCCAAACCUUCCUGGACCGCAUGGAACGCGACUACUGCGGGCGCUCAGUCCUCCUCACCCGCAACGCCACCCACUGGCUCAGCCUCAGCGCCACCUCGGCAUCCAAAUGCAACGUGCCCAUCACCGUCCCCGGCCCCGUCCUCCGCGCCGACUGUCCCGCCGGUGUCUGCACGUACGAGCAGAUUGGAGUCGAUCCCCUGACGGUUUGGGUGGCCUUGAAGGGCGGGGAGAGUAGGACGUUGAGGUUCAGCCCCGCUAUUGCGGUUUGAUGAUGCCCCCGGUCGGUGGGGAAAGCGAAGGAGGGGACGAGCGGUUUGGAGAUCUGAACGAGCCGCUUUCGCUUUUUGGAAGCCGCCCGAGUCGGAGAGACAGACCCGGACUCUACAUCCCCACCCCUCCCCCGGACUUCUCCCCCCCCC